UCUCUUCUGAGACCGCCGGCCUGUUUCUAAGUCGAAGCCCCUGUCCAGUCUCCACAGGCCACAGCCCGCAGCCACGGCACCCCCAUCCUCCGCCGCCGGCGCCGCCCAGCUCCCCGUCCCCCCGGCCGCGCCUACGAACAAGCGCGGGCGCCGUUCCGCGAACCGGAGCACCGUGAGAGCCAACCACUGGCCGCCGCUGACCACCUAGAGCCCCAGCUCCCUCUCCGCCAGCGGCGAUGACCUCGGCGCACUCCAAGCUCUACUCCGAUGACGUCAGCCUCGUCGUGGUGGUCGUCGACACCAACCCCUUCUUCUGGGCCGGCGCCGCGCUCCCCUUCGCCGACUUCUUGUCCCACCUGAUCCACUUCGUGAACUCGCUCCUGCUGCUGAGCAACCUCAACCACGUGGUCAUCAUCGCAGCGGGUGUCAGCUCCUGCGCCUACGUCUUCGACUCGGGCAAUGCUGGUGCCUCCGGCGCGGCAGAUGUUGCUGAAACCUUAGGCAAGGCGAGCCGCAAGAUGGAGGAGUUCAUUAAGCAGGAUGCCCGUGAGACUGCCAGCAAUGGCACCGUUGCUGAUGGCGGUGCGGCGUCGCUGUUUUCUGGCGCGCUGUCCCUUGCUCUGUGCUAUAUACAGAGGAUUUUUCGGUCUGGUACUCGGCAUCCCCAACCUCGGAUUUUGUGCCUGCAGGGUUCUCCAGACGGACCUGAACAAUAUGUGGCUGUGAUGAAUUCGAUAUUUUCGGCUCAACGAUCCAUGGUUCCAAUCGAUACAUGUAUUGUGGGGACCCAAGACUCCGCUUUCUUGCAGCAGGCUUCAUAUAUAACAGGAGGAGUUUAUAUGAAGCCCCAAGAACUAAGUGGUCUAUUUCAAUACCUUGCUGCUGUAUUUGCAACGGACUUACACUCCAGAACUUUUCUGCGCCUCCCUAAGACCCUGGGAGUAGAUUUCCGUGCCUCAUGUUUCUGCCACAAGAAGACUAUAGACAUGGGAUAUGUUUGUUCAGUUUGCUUGUCAAUAUUCUGCAAGUAUCAUAAGAAAUGUUCAACUUGUGGGUCAGAAUUCAGCCGUGUCAGCAUGCCUGAUUUAAACUCCUUGCCAGAUCAAAGGCAGUAGUAAUCUGUAAACAGGAAAAUGCCAGACUGCACAUUGUUUCUUCACAGAUGCUGAAUCAUUGCGAGGAGGGGAUCAUGUGUGUGUAUUCAAAGGGCUGCCGAUGUAUUAACUACUAGGGAAACUGGAGUGCAGUUUUGUUGGACAUUAUCCCGAGUGAAGAAUGCGCAUUAGCUUUGGUACAAUUUCAUUCUUCUUUGGGAGCUUCGCCCUGAACCUGUAACCCUUGAAACCUUGUGAAACUGAUGCAAAACAAUGAUGGAAAUUAGAUAACUUAUUAUAUUCCACUCUUCUUUGGGAGCUUUGCUCUGAACCUGUAACCCUUAAAAUCUUGCUAAGCUGGUGCAAAACAAUGUUGGGAAUUACAUGACUUGUUAUAACAGCUUGAUCGAGGAAAUAAGACUGUCUAAGUAUCUUUUUGGGAUU